GCUUUACUUUUCCAAACACUCGGGCAGUUCGCCAAAAUAUCGUCUACUUUUUUUCCUUUCUCCUUUCCUUCACGAAAAGAUGUUGCAGGACUUGUCAAACAUAUCCGUGGAGUCUCGUGUAAAGUCUCUUCGUUAUGUUGUGUUUUUUUUUAAAGUGGGACCUGUGUUCGUAAACGUUGUUUAACGAGGGGGAAUCCAGCCCACAUAUUUAUUGCAGCCGCUGAAAAAAAUCUCCUCAAUAUCCCCCAAGAUGGCCGCCGAUGUAGGAUCGAUGUUUCAAUAUUGGAAGAAAUUUGAUCUACGGCGGCUUCAGAGGGAGCUAAACUCUGUAGCGUCUGAGCUGGCUGGUCGACAAGAGGAGAGCGAACAUUCCCACAAGCACCUGGUAGAGCUGAGCAGGGAGUUCAAGAGAAAUGUCCCUGAGGAAGUCCGGGAGAUGGUGGCACCUGUUCUCAAGAGUUUCCAGGCUCAGGUGGUUGCUCUGAACAAGCGCAGUAAGGAGGCCGAGUCUGCAUUCCUGGGAAUCUACAAACAGCUUAUCGAGGCCCCAGAUCCAGCUCCUGUGCUGGAGGCCUCACACACCCUGGAGGGAAGGCUGCAGCAGCUUCAGAGUUCGGUUCCAGACAGUGAGACCCUGGUGCGAGAGAUUAGCGGGCACUGGAAAAAACACCUGGAGUGCCUUGAAAAGACAGAGCCCUCAGAGGACGGUCCAGCAGUCUCAGGGGCAAUAGCAACAGACCAGGCCCAGGAUUCUGCCUCUCCAGCCUCACUGAUGAGCCCCAACACCACACCGUCUCCUGGGGCCCCAGGCUCCCCACAGCAGAACCACCAGAACCAAGCUGAGGGCCGAGGGGAGGAAGAGGAGAGUGUCAGUGUAAGUUCAGCUGAUGGACUCUCAGAGGCUCAGGAGAAGAUCAAGCUUCUGCAUUCAUCUUUGAACACUGCCCAGACAGAGCUGCUAGACCUGCGGUGUAAAUACAGCCAGGAGAUGGCCAACAAGGCAAAGGAGGUCGACGCCAUCAUGGCUAAUCUCGAGAAAGCAAACCAGAGAGCUGAAGUGGCCCAGAGGGAAGUGGAGCGGCUAAAGGAGCAGUUAGCUAGUGGCCAGAAUCCCAACACGAGCAACUGCCAUCCGGCUGAAGGCACAAGCAGGGAAAACAGUGAGAACGGUGAGAUGUUGCCCUCCCAGCUGGAGGCUGCCUUGCUGGCAAAAGAUCGCGAAAUCCUCCGUCUGCUUGAAAACAUUCAGCGACUGCAGCUCACUCUACAGGAAGUUCAAGAGACCUCAGCCAAUCAGAUUCUAGAGCUGGAACGCCAGCUGGCAUAUAAAACUGAAGCUAUCGAGAGAUUAGAAACUAAACUGCAGUCCCAGAUGGACUAUGAUGAGAUUAAAACUGAGCUCAGCAUCCUUAAGGCAAUGAAGCUGGCUUCAGCAAAUGGCAGCUCAUCCCAGGAUUCCACUAAAGCUGCAGAGGCUCUUCUGCUAGAUAAAGAGUCUUUUCUUCCAUCUCACAAAUACCUGAUGGAUAAGGCAAGAAUUUUGCACAGCAUGGAUGAUGACAAGUCUGAGGAUGCAGGUAGGGAGAGAGGCCGGCCCCCAGGCUCCCAUUCUUCCUCCUCUCAGGCAGAUGGCCGUGCCUCCCCAAGCCCUGGCCCCACUCUGGAUGGCUCCUCCUCCAGUCAUGAUCUCCCCCGUCCCUUCUCUGUGUCACCCUGCUCGGGGGAGAGACUUUCGGCAGACCACAUCCUUCACAAACAGCUGCUCUCGCCACAUUUUAAAAAGGAGGGCCUCAUGGCUUUUCCCACUGCCCUCUAUGCAGCUAAAGUCGCCCUCAUGUCUGCCACCCAAGGGUCUGUGGGCACAUGCAGCAUCGAUGCCGGCUUGCCCAGUGACCAGUCAGAGAGCGGCAGCUCCACAGCAGGAGACGAAGACCAACUUGACACGGCAGAGAUCGCUUUUCAGGUGAAAGAGCAGCUGUUGAAGCAUAACAUUGGCCAGCGUGUUUUUGGCCACUAUGUGUUGGGCCUGUCCCAGGGCUCAGUCAGUGAGAUCCUGGCAAGACCUAAACCCUGGAGGAAGCUGACUGUAAAAGGCAAAGAACCGUUCAUUAAGAUGAAACAGUUCCUCUCUGAUGAACAGAACAUCUUGGCCCUUAGGACCAUCCAGGUCCGCCAGAGAGGGAGCAUCACUCCGCGCAUCCGAACUCCUGAAACUGGGUCAGACGACGCCAUUAGGAAUAUCCUGGAGCAGGCCAAGAAGGAGAUCCAGUCCCAGAGGGGAGGUGAUGGCAAAUCAUCUCUGAACAGCUCAUCAGGUAGAAGCAGUAACGGGGCAGGCAGCAGCUCUGAUGAUACCAUAAAGAGCAUCCUGGAACAGGCCAGGAGGGAGAUGGAGGCCCAACAGCAUGCCCUGAUGGAGAUGGAGGCCUGUGGGAGGGCUUCAACUGCCAAUUCAGGAGCACAGGUGGAGCAUCUGGGCCCCCCUGAGCGUUCUAGAGGCCUGCCUUUACCCAUCUCCAUCAAACAGGAGGAAGGAGGCUGUGUUACUGUCUGCAUGGCCAACCCCAUCAGCAGCCCCCAGACACCCCUCAGUGUCCUUUCCCCGGCUGCCUUUGUCCAGAACAUCAUCCGCAAAGUCAAAUCUGAAAUUGGUGAAGCAGGCACCUACUUUGACCAGCACUGGUCUCAGGAGCGAGGGUCAAUGGUGCUUGGUGUCGGAGGCACCUCUAGGCCCUUCAAUUCAGUCUCUCCCUCCUUGUCUUCCUCCUCCUCUGGGCCCUCUGCCAUGCCUCGGCCCUGGCCACGCCUGGAAAAUGGUGAAUGCCUCUCCAACAGUGAGGAGGCCUCUGCUGCUGCUGAGGAAGAGCUGGGGCUGGGACGGCCAGUAGAGGUCAAAGUGGAGUCAGACACAUCAGUAAGCGGGGAAUCUCCCGGCCCAGGUCCCGGAAGGCUUUCCUACUACCCGGCUUACAUCCCUCGUGCCCUCAAACCCACCGUGCCGCCGCUGACUCCAGAGCAGUAUGAGAUGUACAUGUACAGAGAGGUGGACACCAUUGAGCUGACCAGACAGGUGAAGGAGAAGCUCGCAAAGAAUGGCAUCUGUCAAAGGAUCUUUGGUGAAAAGGUCUUGGGGCUGUCUCAGGGCAGUGUGAGCGAUAUGCUGUCACGGCCAAAGCCAUGGAGCAAGCUGACCCAGAAAGGCAGGGAGCCCUUCAUCCGCAUGCAGCUGUGGUUACUGGAUCAGUUAGGCCAGAGUCUCAGUCAACCCCCAAACCAGGGCCAUGCUCAGGAAAAAAGCCCGGUGACAAACCAGUCCUCACCCUCACCUCCUCCUAGCCCAGCGGAUAGCCACCCAAGUCCACUGGUUGAGCCUGUCAGUCUGUCACUGGAGAGCAGCAAGGAGAACCAGCAGCCUGAGGGCCUGGGUCUUGGGUUGCCACCUCACCCAGAGGGAGUAAAAUCUACACCUAGUCUCAUGUCUCUACAUCAGCCCACAAACCCUCUGGGUAUUCAGGAGCUGGUGGCCAUGUCUCCAGAACUGGACACAUACGCCAUCACUAAGAAAGUCAAGGAGGUGCUAACAGACAACAACCUAGGCCAGCGUCUUUUUGGGGAGACCAUCCUGGGUUUAACUCAAGGCUCCGUGUCUGACCUGCUCUCAAGGCCCAAACCUUGGCACAAACUCAGCCUAAAAGGCAGGGAGCCAUUUGUUCGUAUGCAGCUGUGGCUCAAUGACCCUCAUAAUGUAGACAAGCUGAGGGCCAUGAAGAAAAUGGAGAAGAAAGCAUAUUUGAAAAGGCGCUACGGGCUGCUGAGCACUGGCUCAGAUAGUGACUCACCAAGCAACCGUUCCGAAUGUGUGAGUCCAGCCUUAGGCUCGCUGGACUUGUGCCCCUACAGCCAGGUAAAGAAGCCUCGUGUGGUGCUGGGAGCUGAGGAGAAAGAAGCACUGAGGAAGGCCUACCUCCUAGAGCCCUACCCCUCUCAGAACACUAUUGAGAUACUUGCUUCUCAGCUCAAACUCAAAACCAACACUGUCAUCAACUGGUUCCACAACUACAGGUCCAGGAUGCGACGAGAGGUGCUGAUGGAGGGUCUGCCAGACAAUGACACAGACGCUGAGCACCACAGCUACUCCCCAUCAGUGACUCGGAGCCCCAACUCUGAAGAAGAGGAGAGGAAACUGCAGCAGCCCUCAGGACAUGUCCACUCCAGCCUUCCUCUUAGCGCCAACACUGCACAGACUCAUGUUAAACAGGAGGUAACAGACAGGGAGGACGAGGGGGAGGAGGCAAGGGAGAGCUCCUUGAAACAACCAAGAGUUCAGUGUUUUUCCACAGCAGUACAGUUCCCCAUGUUGAAAAGUGAGCAUGAGGACGGUAUCGCAGGCUGCCACGAGCCCCACUUAGCUGGCCAGAACCUGAGGCUGGAGGAGGGGAUGAGCAGCCAGGCUAAGGGGCUUUAUCAUGUUGCAGUUUCCAUAGAUGGUCCCCAGAGAUCCAGCCAGUCCAGGCACGAAGGGGAAGACACCAGAAAGUCACCUGUUGACCCAGUUAGUUUCAAGUCUUCAUCGGAGCCCUGUCGCAGCAGCCUGGAAGUCUCCCUCAACUCGCCCUCUGCUGCAUCCUCACCCGGCCUCAUGAUGUCAGUUUCCCCCGUCCCCUCUUCCUCUGCUCCCAUCUCGCCCUCAUUGCCCAACCCUCCCUCGACGAGUACCAAUCACAGUCUAGACCCUAACCCGCUUCCUCCUUUUCAAAGCCCCAAACUUAACAGAAGCUCUCAGAGACGCAAUGAGAAAAUGGCCAACCUCAACAACAUCAUCCAUAGGCUAGAGAGGGCAGCCAAUCGUGAAGAAACACUGGAAUGGGAGUUUUAAGUUCCCUUUUACUUGUAGCUAGUCUGAUGACCAUCAUGGCACACAGAGGAAUCUGGAAAAGAAGCUUCCUGAAGACUUGGAAUGGAGCCUGGCUUUUGAUGCUCUGUCCUCUCAGAGAGAAAGGUCACAGGGAAUGAAAAUACAGAGCUAAACAUGGGGCUAGAAUCCCUACAUGAACUUAAAGAGUAGUAAAAGUUUAUUAUUGAUUUUUCUUUCUUUUUUGAUAAUGCAUUCUACUUUUAAAUAUGUGUGACAGCACUAGCUGUUGUUUUACCUAUUGGACUUGACGUAAGACUUUUGCAGCUAUGGUGUCAUAAAAUGUACACUAAAGUUCUGUAGAUUGCCACUGGGUGAGAUUAUAAAAGACCCCUGUCUUAAGCCAUUAAAAGCACUAUAACUAUUUGAAAAGAGACAUUGACCAAAUUUGCUACUUUUUGAAUAGCAAUUUUUCAGAUUUUGUCUGUAAGACUGGACAGUUUAAGUCAAGUAACAUGUAAUCCUAUUACUGACCGAGGGAUAGUCCUUUAAGACUCUAAAUAUUCAACAUCAUGUAUGUACUUAGUUUCCUGGUGAUAUGUUUUGAAAUAUUUGUAACUCACACGUAUAAAAUGUGGUUGUACAUGUUGUAGAAAUGUCUGCAAUAGCCUUCUCUAAACCUGAUGUAGCAUGGUACUCACCUGAUCCUGUUAUCCUCUGUAGUUAGCCACCUGUGAUUUACUUGAGUGAAAACAACAGAAAAAAGCUGAAAACCCUUCAAAAAAUAAGAAAAAAGGUAACCUAAUGAGUAGAGUACUAGUAUUUUGUUUUUCUUUAUUUUCCUCCCCGAAUAAUCCUCGAGGUUUACAGUUUACGGCCCUUGUGCUUUUAGUUGUAGGUGAAAUGAUCCCUACACACGAGCACAGUUUACAUGGUUUAUUUCAGAAUUACCUCUCUGACCCUCUAAGGCACUGGUUCUAUGACUGUAACAGGCCAAAACGCAGGACACCUUGUUUACCUCAGAUUGUGUUGAUGCACAUCAUGCUAUCACCAAGGGAUUCAUCCUUAUACAUUAAUAAGGCCUACACUUAUUUAAACUAACUGAGGGGAAGUGCUCUGUGUCAUAUGUGGAAAAUAUGUAAGCAAAAUAAGUAAGGAUAUGCUGCUGUUGGAACAAAAAGGGAGCAAAUAAUUUCUUUCUCUAACAUCUGAUUGAGUGCACUUCCCAAAUGGGUCAUUUACUGUAAAUAGAAUUAUGUGUACUUGAUCAAACACCGCAACCUCAAAGCACUGUUAUGUUUUAGCUGAGCAAGUCGACGUAAAAGUUACGACACUACAGUGCUGUGUUUGGAUCUCCCAUGGGGCUAAAGCUCACAGUAAGUGAAAGCAUGAUACAGUAUGACCUAACAUCAACAUGAAAACAUCCAAUCUGUAAGUAUGCUACAUCCAAGGACACAUAAGGUUACAGGUAUCCCCUCAUAUUAUCUUUGACCACUUGUGUAUUGUGUCUGUAGAAGUUUUUUUGUCAUGCUUGCGAAAUGUUCUUUAUGUAUUUUUGCCUCUAUUUUAUACUCAAAACAAUUGACUGAAUAUUCAAUACCUCGUGUAUGAAUUACUUACAGCACUUAGAUUUUGAUAAUUGUGAAGACUCAAAAAAUUUCAAGUAUCAACAUUAUCCUAACUUAGUGUCCACAAGUCUUUGCCUUUACUGUAUCGUUGAAGUUGGUAGUAAACACUUGCACACAUCUACAUAGUUCAGAGGACUUGGAUUGUAUUAUGUAGAGAUAUAUAUUACACAAUUGCUAAAAAAUGAUAUCUUACAGUCUUGGAACAAAAUGUGCUGAUUAUAUUGAAAUAGAGUGUACAGAUUUAAUAAACCAAACCCAUUCAAGCCAGUGCUCAUCUGGCAAGCUUGCCCACGUUUUAGACCUUCUCUCAGGGUAGUCUUGCUUUUUAAAGCUUUAUUGAAACAGUUGGUCUCAUCAACGGUGGUGACGAUAGACAUGAUGUGACGUCGUAGAGAAUGACUCUUACCUGUUAAAUGGACCUGUGAAAGUUGUGUGUCAAAGGGAAAUCCUUGAAAAGGUUGUUUUGUUGGAGGUCUGGAGCUGUUUUGUAAUUUAUUAAACAUGUUGGUCAAAACACAGUGUCAGUUGGAACUGCCAGAAUGAAGCUAAUGGGUUGCAUUUUUGAGAUCAGUAGACUUUGUUCUCUAAAAAAUACUUUUUUUUUCUAUCUUGGAGCCACAGAAGAGUUUUCUCUGGUUUCAUACCACCAUUUUUGUGCAUAAUAUACUGUAAGGUUUAAAGUGGCAUUUCUUAUGUGGAAAUUUCAUUCUCUUUCAUGUUAACAUGGACAUAUGACUGAUAAAGAAAUGUAUUUACCCACACCAUUAUCUCAUGUAAAGUCCAUGUCAUUGUUUUGCAUGCAAAUCCAAUCUAGUCUGAUGACAAGGGAUAGACCGUGUUUUUUCAUGUUGUUCUUGCACACAAACAUUGAAUAAGCACUUAAAAUCUUUUGAAAUUGGUUAAGUGCAUUGUGCAGCUGAUGAAUUUGGCUCCAACAAAGUCAGAAUGAUUCCUAUCAAAUCAGAAUCCAAUAAGGACCCAGUAAACAUGACUUUCAGGUAAAUUUUAAAUUACUUUGUGCCAUAUCAUUAUCCUCACAAAAGUAAUGCCUUGUGGAAAGGGUUGUUUUUUAAGGGGUGUAGGACUUUUUGUACCACAUUUCAGAAAGAAAAGCAAAGCUUAUGUUGUAAGAGCCCUACACAUCAGAUGGUUUUAUUUUAUGAUUGACAUUUGUCACUAAAUAUUGAGGUAAUUGGUUGGCAAUUUUUCAGUGAUUGUGUUCAGAGUUGGAAAUAGGCAAUAGAAACAACUCUGAAGGGUGUGCCACAAGGACAGUUUUCAUUUGAAAGUCAGCUGAGAGCCAAUAAAGAGAAAUGUCCUGCAGGCUUAUAAUUCUGUCUAAUGCCUCAAGUGUCAGGCUAUUGAACGUCAAAGAGUGAAUAAA